GAAGUGAUUUGCCGGAAGAAGCAUGGCUGCUUCCGGGAUCUAGGUUCGCACGCUGGAAUGCCGACACCAUGCAGUCCGAUGAUGUUAUCUGGGAUACGCUGGGAAACAGGCAAUUUUGUUCCUUCAAAAUAAGAACCAAGACCCAGGGCUUUUGCAGAAAUGAAUAUAGUCUGACUGGACUGUGUAAUCGGUCAUCGUGUCCCUUGGCAAACAGUCAGUAUGCUACUAUCAAAGAAGAGAAAGGACAGUGCUACUUGUAUAUGAAGGUUAUAGAAAGAGCAGCUUUUCCUAGGCGUCUUUGGGAACGGGUCCGUCUUCAUAAAAACUAUGAGAAAGCACUGGAGCAAAUAGAUGAAAAUCUGAUUUACUGGCCCCGUUUCAUUCGACACAAGUGUAAGCAGAGAUUCACCAAGAUCACCCAGUACCUAAUUAGAAUCCGAAAACUUACACUGAAACGACAGAAGAAACUUGUUCCUUUGAGUAAAAAGGUGGAGCGGAGGGAAAAAAGAAGAGAGGAAAAGGCAUUAAUAGCUGCUCAGUUGGACAAUGCCAUUGAAAAGGAAUUGCUGGAGAGACUUAAACAAGAUACGUAUGGCGACAUCUACAACUUCCCCAUUCAUGCCUUCGACAAGGCCCUGGAACAGCAGGAGGCAGAGAGUGACUCUUCAGAUGCGGAGGAAAAAGAUGAAGACGAUGAGGAGGAAGACGUGGGAAAAAGAGAGUUUGUGGAAGACGAUGAGGUGGAUGAGAGUGACAUAAGUGAUUUUGAGGAAAUGGAUAAACUGGAUGCUGGCAGCGAUGAAGAUCAGGAUGAUAAGUCCUCCAGUGAGGAAGAAGAAAAGGCCCGUGACGCCAAACGCAAAGGCAAAACACCCGUGAAAGGGCCUUUGCUGAGAAAGCGAGCGUAUGUGGAAAUAGAGUAUGAGCAGGAGACAGAGCCAGUGGCCAAGGCCAAAGCCACGUGAUUUCCAUUCAUUCAUGAUUUAUAUAACAGAACUGAACAUUUUGAACUUUAUCCUCACCACAUACACACCUCCAGCUCUUAUUCUUUAUGUUGUAUUCAACACAAUGUUUGUUUUUUUUUAUAUUUAUACCACUUCUGUGGGGCAAGAAAUUUGGGAGAGAGUGGAUGAAAAGUUGUAAACAGAGUAUUUUUGUAGCUUUGGCAUGUGUUGAAGGGACACUUUGUGCCCAAGAAGCUUAACGUGAGUUUGUGGCUGUAAAUACUUCUAAAUUUUAAAUGCCCACCCUUGGUGACUGCCCCCAACUUUAAUUCAGAAAUGUCCAGACUUCAGUUUUUCUUGUUCUUUCCAUAAUUCUAUUGGAAUAAAAGGAAAGAAGGAAAAAGAAGAUCUAAAGAAUA